AUGUCACAAACUACGGAGCCACUCCUUCAGCGCCCACUGUAUGUUUUCGAUCUUCCGCAAGAACUUCUUACGACGCUCGAACUCAAGGCACAAAACAAUGCUGCUGUCUCAGUACCCGAUGAUGCCGACUCAACAGCUACGAGCUCCGGCAGAAGAGGUGAGAACGAAGAUGGCCCAUCGUCGGCCACGUCAUGUGGACUCUGCGGACUGUCGUUUCCCAGUGUGCAAGAGCAGAGGAGCCAUGUGCGCAGUGACCUGCACGGAUACAACAUGAAACAGAAGAUGCGUGGACUGAAGGCUGUGGGAGAGAAUGACUUUGAGAAGCUAGUUGGAGACUUGGAUGAGAGCAUCUCGGGCAGUGACAGCGACGACUCGGCCAGCAGCGACGACGGCGGCAAGAAAGACACAACCUUGAGCGCCCUCCUCAAGAAGCAGGCAAACAUAGCAGAUGCGGACUUCGACGCCUUUACAACGACAAAGGUAAAGGUGGGCGCAGGCAAGCCGCCGCUCUUGUGGUUCUCUUCUUCCAAGCUGCCUUCGAAUGUCGCCCUUGGUGUCUACCGAACCCUUCUUCCUCCUGCCAUCCAAGUUGGAGACCCCACGACCAUCCUGCAGACCAUCAAGGACAAGCAGCUCUCUCCCAAGCCUCCGCCGACACAACCAACAUCGGCCCCUACUGAAGAGUCUGGCGGCGUCCCACUCCCUCGUUCUCUCCAACCAGACACGUCCGCCGCCGGGCCGCAUUAUUUCCUGUGCAUGAUUGGAGGUGGUCAUUUUGCCGCAAUGGUUGUGUCUCUGACGCCAAAGAUGACAAAGAAGGCUGGUGUUGAGGAUCGCACCGCGACCGUGCUCGCACACAAGACCUUCCAUCGCUACACGACUCGUCGUAAGCAGGGUGGUUCUCAAUCGGCCAACGAUAGUGCCAAAGGUGCUGCUCACUCGGCCGGCGCUGGUAUCCGUCGUUACAAUGAGGCUGCUCUGAUUGCAGAAGUGCGUCAAUUGCUGCACGACUGGAAGGUCUGGAUCGACAGCAGCGAACUUGUCUUCGUCCGCGCCACUGGCACAACAAAUCGUCGCACAUUGUUCGGUCCUUACGAAGACCAGGUCUUGAAAUCCAGAGACCCAAGGAUCAGAGGCUUCCCAUUUGCGACUCGCCGUGCAACCCAGGCUGAACUCAUGCGUUCCUUCGUCGAGCUCACAAGAGUCAAGGUAUCAACCAUCGAUGAAGCCGCAAUUGCACGCAAAGCCCAAGAGGAGGAAGCUGCCCGCCAAGCUGCCGAAGCAAAAGCUGCUGCCAAACCUGCUACACCGAAGCCUGUCAAGCCGAGUAAAGAGGAGGAGGAAGCCACCCUGCAUACAACUCAACUACAAGCCCUCGUCCGUCGCUCAAAAGCUCCCGCUCUCGUCUCUUAUAUCACAUCCAACAACCUCUCGCCCAAUUUCACCUUCUUCCCGAAAGACAACCCACAAAACCACCACGCUCCUACGCCUUUGCAUCUCGCCGCAUCGCUCAAUGCACCCGCCCUCAUAUCAUCAUUACUAUUGAAAGUAAAGGCCGAUCCGACAGUCAAGUCAGCAGAAGGGAAGACUGCUUUCGAGAUUGCAGGCGAUCGCGCAACUCGUGACUCGUUCCGUUUGGCUCGCUCAGAGCUGGGUGAAAGCGCCUUUGACUGGGACUCUGCAGGUGUUCCCGCCGCCCUAUCGAAAGCAGAUUACGACGUUCGUGUGCAACGGGAGAAGGCCGAAAAGGCAGCAGAAGAUGCAGCAGAACAGCAAAGGCGAAAGACCGAGACCGAAAGGCUACGCAACGAAGAUAAGAUCAGAGAAGAGCAGGGCAAAGAGAAGAAGUUUGGCAAGGGCAAGACACUGGCGCAGGUACUGCCUGAGAAGACGGCACAAGAGAAGCGUGAAGAAGAGGCUAGGGGCAUGACACCAGAGAUGCGCAUGAAGCUUGAGCGAGAGCGUAGAGCAAGAGCUGCAGAAGCACGCUUCAAGGCCAUGAGUGGAGGUUCGUAG